CCUCGGUUCGAGCUUUCUGAUUGGCUCCAGGGAAGACGCGCCCGCCUCCGUGGGGCUGGGCGCUCCGGGAUGGAGAAGACCGGGAGCUGCGGCUGCGGUUUCGGCUCACCUGGACGCUGGCCGCGGCAGGAGUCUCAGGAGCCAUGUUGUCAGAAGUGCUGCUGAUAUCUGCUCCCGGGAAAGUCAUUCUCCAUGGAGAACAUGCUGUGGUCCACGGCAAGGUGGCCCUGGCGGUGGCCUUGAACUUGAGAACAUUUCUACUGCUUCGACCACAGAGCAAUGGGAAAGUGAGCCUCAAUUUACCAAACAUUGGUAUUAAACAGGUCUGGGAUGUAGCCGAGCUUCAACUGCUGGACACAAGUUUUCUCGAGCAAGGCGAUGGCCCAGCACCCACCCCAGAGCAACUGGAGAAACUGAAGAAGGUGGCAGGCCUCCCUGGGGACUGUGUCAGCACUGAGGGCCUGGCAGUGCUCUCCUUUCUGUACCUGUACCUGACUAUCUGCCGGAAGCAGAGGACACUCCCGAGCCUGGACAUUGUAGUGUGGUCCGAACUGCCCCCUGGGGCAGGCUUGGGCUCCAGUGCCGCCUACUCGGUGUGUUUGGUGGCUGCCCUCCUGACUGCCUGCGAGGAGAUCGCCAACCCGCUCAAGGACAGGGGUGCUGUCGGCAGGUGGCCUGACGAGGACCUGGAGUCGAUUAACAAGUGGGCCUACGAGGGAGAGAGAGUGAUCCACGGGAACCCCUCCGGCGUGGACAACGCUGUCAGCACCUGGGGAGGAGCCCUGCGCUACCAGCAAGGGAAGAUGUCAUCCUUGAAGAGGCUCCCGGCCCUGCAGAUCCUGCUCACUAACACCAAGGUCCCGCGAAGUACCAAGGCUCUCGUGGCUGGCGUCAGAAGCAAGCUAAUCAAGUUUCCUGAGAUCGUGGCCCCGCUCCUGACCUCCAUUGAUGCCAUAUCCCUGGAGUGUGAGCGCGUGCUCGGAGAGAUGGUGGCAGCUCCAGCGCCAGAACACUACCUUGUUCUAGAAGAGCUGAUGGACAUGAACCAGCAUCACCUGAAUGCCCUGGGUGUGGGCCACGCCUCCCUGGACCAGCUCUGCCAGGUCACAGCAGCACACGGACUGCACAGCAAACUGACAGGAGCAGGUGGCGGCGGCUGUGGCAUCACCCUCCUGAAGCCAGGUCUAGAGAAAGCCAAAGUGGAGGCUGCCAAGCAGGCCCUGACCAGCUGUGGGUUUGACUGCUGGGAGACCAGCAUUGGAGCACCUGGGGUCUCCAUGCACUCAGCUGCCUCCGUAGACAACCCUGUCCGCCAAGCCCUGGGCCUCUGAGGUGAUGUGGCCCUGAGUCCUGCUGAGAAGCCUCUCACUGGAGUCUUCUGGGACUGGAGCUGGCCUCUGUGCUGGCCGCACACCUUUCCUGCUGGUAGCGCCUUCUGGACUCUGAGAGAUGCCUCCCCAGUGUCCCGGCUGUACCCUGGCAUUUCUGGAGCCAAACGGGCAUCAAUUGUGGGGUCUCCUGAGAUGGCAGCCUUCACCUUGAAGCUCUUGGGUGCAUCUGCCUGGGCCUGGCCUCCAUCUGCCUCACUCAAACUCUGGCUCUUAGCCAUGCACAACUCUGUCCUGCCGUUGAAGGCUCCUUAGGAACGGCCUGGUCAGUGGCUUCUGUCUGCUGUCCUCACGCAGGGAUCGUCAGCCUCGUGAACUCGCGGGAAAGCUGCCUGUGGGGAAAAUAGAUUGCGCAGGCCCUGCGGGAAGGCAGGGCUGGUGUCCUCUGCGCCUUCCUCCUCCUCCCUUCUCCAGUGUUCCCUCAUCCCUCCCUCCCUCCCUCCUUUCUUCCCUCCCUCCUUCCCUCUCUCCCUCCCUCCCUUUGGGAGUUCUGAGGCAAAAGGAAAUAAGACUCCCCUCACUUUACAGUGUAGCUUUGAGAGGGAGUUUUUCUAGGUAGCACUUGCUGAAUGGGGACAAGGACAUCUGUCCCAGUCACAGCACAGAGCUGGGCUGCCAUUAGCACCCACCAGUGCACACAGCUCUAAAACCUUGGACAUCUUUUUUUUUUCCUGGCUGAGGGGGGUAGAUUGUUUUUGUUUUGUUUUGUUUGUCGAGACAGGGUUUCUUUCUCUUUGAAGCCUGUCCUAAAACUCACUCUGUAGACCAGGCUAGCCUCGAACUCAUAGAGAUCCGUCUGCCUCCCUGAGUGCUGGAAUUAAAGGCAUGCGGCCACCACUUCCUGGCCCUCCCUUUCUUCUGAUGUCCACUGUCUAGGUGGAGGGAAGGGCGUUCCCUCGUACUCCUGGAAUGGCAGCGUCCACCUCACCCACAGAACCCCUGGGAGCCGGGGCCACAGUAAAGAUGGGCUGGACUAAACUGUU